CCAAGCAUUUCUCUGCCUUUUUCCCCUAGGAAUUAUAUUCCCAACCUCGCCGGAACAUAGAAGAAUUUAUUGUGAAGUUGCAAACUAAAUCUGGUUUUGGUAUCAUAACCGAUUAUUUAGUUUCAAAAUUUGAUAGAAACAUCUUGAUCAAAAGUGGGAGGAAAUUAAAGUGUUUCAAUAUCUAAGUUCGUCCCAAAAUGGAAAGAUGUAUGGCGUUCGACAAAGAACUCAACCUUGAGGCCACAGAGCUUAGAUUAGGUCUACCCGGCAUCAAGGAGUCAGAAAAGCAACCAUUUAGUACCAUCAAGAGCAACAAAAGAGCAUUUCCCAACAUGGAUGAGAAGUCAUGUGGAUCUAAGGACGGUUCUAAAGCGUCACACGCACAGAAAUGCAACCAAGAAAUUGCUUCACCAGCCAAGGCACAAGUUGUCGGGUGGCCACCUGUGAGAUCUUACCGGAAAAACUGUUUCCAAGCAAAGACAAUGGAGUCUGAAGCCACCAGCGCGUACUUGAAAGUUAGCAUGGACGGAGCUCCUUAUCUAAGGAAGAUUGAUUUGAAGGUCUACAAAGGAUACCCGGAGCUCCUUAAGGCCUUGGAAGACAUGUUCAAGUUCAGUGUAGGUGACUAUUCUGAGAGUGAAGGCUACAAUAAUGGAUCAGAGUUUGUGGCGACUUAUGAAGACAAAGAUGGAGAUUGGAUGCUGGUUGGAGAUGUCCCAUGGGAUAUGUUUAUAUCCUCGUGCAAAAGGCUGAGAAUCAUGAAGGGGUCAGAAGCUAGGGGCUUGGGUUGUGCCGUGUAAAGUCCCCUAAUUUUGAGCCAGUACUAUUAAGGACGGAGAAGAAAAGGAGAUCCAUUUCUCUGGAAGAUCACCGAACGUUAACUUUAUAUCCAUGAAGAACCUGAUCAGAAAGGGAAAAGAGAAAAAAGAAAACAAAAAGUGCAUGUGUAUAGUUUCCUAGAUUUGCUUUGGGAUGAAUUGUAUAAAGUUUCGAGAAAUAUACAUGUAUAAUUACUACAUACGUACGUUCCACGGUUUCUUUGUUCCACGUUCGACUAUGCAUGAAGGAAGUUGUAGUCCAAAACUUGUGUUACAAAAAAAGUAAUCUCAACGCUGUGGGAGACAUGAAAUUAAUCACAUCAGAAUAGGUCCAUUUUUUGGGUGUGGUUGUGUCGAAAGAUCAUAGCAGCAUCGAUACUAGCUAUAUGCGUAAUCUAGCACCAAUGAGACAGCGAGAUCAAGGAUAGUGAGAUACUUGAGACUGCAGAGAUAGAAAACAGGAGAAAACGGAGAUGGAGAUCAUCACGAGGGAGACGAGC